AUGAAGUCCAUUCUGGACGGCCUUGCAGACACCACCUUCCGCACCAUCACCACAGACCUCCUCUACGUGGGCUCCAAUGACAUUCCGUACGAAGACAUCAAAGGAGACAUGGCGUCCAAAUUAGGAUACUUCCCGCAGAAAUUCCCGCUGACUUCCUUCAGGGGUAGUCCCUUCCAAGAAAAGAUGACCGCAGGAGACAACUCCCAGUUGGUCCCCGUGGUAGACGCCACAAACAUCACAGAAUUCUACAACAAGUCUCUCUCAUCGUACAAGGAGAAUGAGGAAAACAUACAAUGUGGGGAGAACUUUAUGGACAUGGAGUGCUUUAUGAUUCUGAACCCGAGCCAGCAGCUGGCCAUUGCUGUGCUGUCCCUCACACUUGGCACCUUCACCGUUCUGGAGAACCUGCUGGUGCUGUGUGUCAUCCUGCAUUCCCGCAGUCUCCGAUGCAGGCCUUCCUACCACUUCAUUGGCAGUCUGGCCGUGGCUGACCUCCUGGGAAGCGUCAUUUUUGUCUACAGCUUUGUUGACUUCCACGUGUUCCACCGUAAAGACAGCCCCAAUGUGUUUCUGUUCAAACUGGGUGGGGUCACGGCCUCCUUCACAGCCUCUGUGGGCAGCCUCUUCCUCACAGCCAUCGACAGGUACAUAUCCAUUCACAGGCCUCUGGCCUAUAAGAGGAUCGUCACUAGGCCCAAGGCCGUAGUGGCCUUCUGCCUGAUGUGGACUAUUGCGAUAGUAAUUGCCGUGUUGCCUCUCCUUGGCUGGAACUGCAAGAAGCUGCAAUCUGUCUGCUCGGACAUCUUCCCACUCAUUGAUGAAACCUACCUGAUGUUCUGGAUCGGAGUCACCAGCGUGCUGUUGCUGUUCAUCGUGUAUGCAUACAUGUACAUUCUCUGGAAGGCUCACAGCCACGCAGUCCGCAUGAUCCAACGUGGAACCCAGAAGAGCAUCAUCAUCCACACGUCAGAAGAUGGCAAGGUGCAGGUGACCCGGCCCGACCAAGCCCGCAUGGACAUUAGGCUGGCCAAAACGCUGGUCCUGAUCCUGGUGGUGUUGAUCAUCUGCUGGGGCCCCCUGCUGGCGAUCAUGGUGUAUGAUGUCUUCGGGAAGAUGAAUAAGCUCAUCAAGACGGUGUUUGCCUUCUGUAGCAUGCUCUGCCUGCUGAACUCCACCGUGAACCCCAUCAUCUACGCUCUGAGGAGCAAGGACCUGAGACACGCUUUCCGCAGCAUGUUCCCUUCGUGUGAAGGCACGGCACAGCCUCUAGAUAACAGCAUGGGGGACUCGGACUGCCUGCACAAGCACGCCAAUAACACAGCCAGCAUGCACAGGGCUGCCGAAAGCUGCAUCAAGAGCACAGUUAAGAUCGCCAAGGUGACCAUGUCUGUGUCUACAGACACGUCUGCCGAGGCUCUGUGA